GAUGCAUUUGAUUGAACAGUCUACAAUGACCUACAUGAUAUUAUUCAAGAGGGGGUGAUGUACUUUGUCAGCAUUGAUUGUUGGAAAGCUGCAGCAUCAGGAGCUUCAAGGAGUCUCAAGGGGAGCAGCGUGGAGGCCUAGGGUGGCAAACGGUGAUGCCAGAACUUCCUUGCCUUCUUUCCUUCCUUCGCCUCUCUGUUUCUCUCGACCAGCUGUUUGUUCUCUCACAGCUCUGUGAGCUAUUGAGUACUUCUCCCCUGCUGCAUGUUACGCUGCAUUAGGAGGUGAAAGAAGGAGUACGAGAGGCGGUAUCUCGAGGCGAGGAGAAGCAUUGCAACGACCAUUGUUGGUGUGGGUUACUGGUGGAGCGUUGGAAACCGCUAGCUGCUGCGAUUCGGAAUGGGGAGUCGUCACUGAGGGACCGUUGUGUGCUGUCAGGAGGUUUUGGUCCGCUGGUGGUGAAACCGUCAUAUUGGGUGACCGCAUUUGGGAUCGAUACAGAGCUGGAUUCGCCCGUUUUUGUGACCCGGACACACCCAACCGUGUCUCCAGACGGAAGGUAGCUAGUGCGAAGUCGGCACGAGUGCAGUGUUGCAUUUCGCCGCCUGCGCGCAUCAGCAGGUGAAUAAGGCGUUCUAUGGUGGUGGCCAUCACUUGAAGUUUUGUUAGAGUGGCAUCAUCCUCUCCAUGGAAAAAUAACUUCACACUUAGCUUUUUAUAAGAACUGGUGAAGACCUCCACGUCCCAGGAGGAUGGCUGCCGAUCAGUGCUAAGCGAUACUUGUAGUGGUUUAUCUGGAUAAUCAAACUCUUGCAUUCUGACGUCAUUCUUGCCAUCGAGCGCUUCUGCCGGUUCUGUCGCCGAGGGAAAUGAUGAUUUCGAAAGCACACUGCUUAGCAGUGGCUUUCGUCUUCCUCGCGACCCUCCAACAUGCCGAUGCAGGAUAUGAUCCAAUUGAUCCUGAGGGAAACAUCACCAUCAAAUGGGAUGUUGUUGAGUGGACAGGAGACGGGUACCGGGCUAUCGUGACCAUGUCCAACUGGCAGCUGUAUCGGCAUAUCCAGGCUCCUGGCUGGAUAAUGGGAUGGACAUGGGCCACCAAGAAAGAGGUAAUAUGGAACAUGGUUGGUGCUGAGACAAGAGAGCAAGGUGAUUGCUCAAAGUUCACUGGAAAUUUGCCCCAUUGCUGCAAAAGAACCCCAGAGGUGAUUGACCUACUUCCCGGCGUUCCGUACAACCAGCAAACUGCGAAUUGCUGUAGAGGGGGUGUGUUGUCGUCCUACAUGCAAGAUCCCAAAACCUCGGUCGCAUCAUUCCAGGUCAUUGUUGGCAAUACUGGUAAUAAAAACACCACAAUCAAGUUACCGCAAAACUUCACUAUUAUGACCCCAGGCCCAGGAUAUACUUGCAGCAGUGCCAAAGUUGUGCCCAAGACUAAAUUCUUGUCUCCCAGUGGAAGACGAAUUACGGAAGCCUUCAUGACCUGGACGGUGAAAUGUUCGUAUACUGAGCAAUUGGCGCACAAAGCAGCAACUUGCUGUGUGUCUUUCUCAGCCUUUUACAAUGAAACAAUUGUGCCAUGUGAGAAGUGCGCUUGUGACUGUCCUACGAACAACACAACGCCGAUUAUCACCACCAAUGGAGCGGAUACCAAUAAUCAGCGGUGCAUAAAUCGAUUUGACCCACACCUUCCUCUGACACUCAAUAGCACGAAGAACAACAACCUUCAGCAACAACCAGAUAUGCUUUAUUGCACAAAUGAUAUGUGUCCAGUCAAGAUCCACUGGCAUAUUAAGCUCAACUAUCAGGAAUACUGGAGGGUGAAGAUCACUAUCACGAACCGUGACAUUUCUAGGAAUUACACGCUCUGGAAUCUGGUGGCUCGACAUCCCAAUUUCAAAAACUUCACCGAAUCUUUCAGCUUCAGCUACAAACCGCUGACAGCGUACGGACCUACAAACGACACGGCCAUCUUUUGGGGAGUCAAGUAUUACAAUGACAUGCUCAUGCAAGCUGGACCAAGUGGGAAUGUGCAAUCCGAAAUCUUGUUUCGGAAAGAUUCGGCUUUCACACUAGCCAACGGUUGGGGGUUCCCUAGCCAUGUCCUGUUCAACGGCGACCACUGCGUACUUCCACAUGCAGAUCAUUACCCGACUUUACCAAGUAGCAGCUCAACUUUAAGGGCAGCAACCACAACCAUUGCUCUUCUAGUCUUGUUCGCAGUAGCCUUGCUCAUUUAGACAUGUUCCCAGUUGCAAACUUUGCUGGUCAUUGGGACUGAGUUCUGGUGGAGUGGGCACCACCUUUGGGAUAGUCGAGCUACUGAUCAAGACUGAUCAGUGCGUCCACCCGAAUUAAGCCCUCAUUUGCCACAUAUAUCCAUCAAUAGACUUGCGCUGGAUGAGACAAAGGCGCAUUUCAACCAAUAAGGACGCAUAAAAGCUUCGACUCCCUUGGGUUACAUUUUACUUUGGAAUUAGAAAUUUUAGGAGAUAGAGAGAAGUAGAAGUGCAGGUCUUGACGAGGCAGUGCCGACCUUUUUGGGUUUAGUCUGGUUUGUGGACAAUCUCAGAGCAGUGUUUGUUUCUAGUCAUCUCCUGUAAAUCCACUGCCCAUAGGGCGUGUGGAGUGCAUCACGUCCAGUUUUGUUUUGUUUUCCCCUUCCUUUUCGCUUUUCUCAUUAUCGUGAUCAAACUUGACAAACUCAAUUUUUUGAAGAAGAGUUGCUUGCAGAA